AUGGAGCUACAGAAUCAAAUAUAUCUGAUGGUUGCCGUGUUUGGAGGGAUGACCGCGCUGCUUCUGGUGCUCACAGUUAUGCUCGCUGUGUACGUGAAGAAAACGCGAACACUGCUGGAGGACUUCAAGCUGGGACAUACCGGUGACACAUCGCAUCCGAAUGGGAUGAAUAACGGUGAUAGACGAGAUCGAAGGCGGAUGGACGCCCAGCAUGGUUACCCGAUGGAUGUGUUUGGCCAUGGCAUGGGACCAAAGGGUGACCAGACGAAAGCUCGCAACGAUUACAUGCACAACGGGAGAAACAUCAACGGCAAUCGGCACCAUGCAUCCGGGCCCUAUCGGAACGAUGUCGAAGGUAUGGGGUAUAUGGGUGGGAAGCGGGGUGGAGAGAAGCCAAUGAAACCCACUCCACCGCACAAGCCACCCCGUAGUCAGGCCAGCGUAGAAGACUCGGCGCUAGAGCUGGAGGUGGCCAACAUCUUCGAUAUGGACGAGCUGGACGAGGAGGACCUGUCGGACUUCAACAGUGGCCCCAGCGGCCAUGGUGAUGGGAAGGACCCUACCGGACGGUACAUGGCGAACGGGGCGGACGGACCGGCCGGGCGUCCGAAGCGCCCCGCUACCGGGCAUCAGUACGAUCGGGAAAUGGGCCGGAACGGUGCCAACGAAGGUCGCAGCAAUCGGUUCCAAAACCCACACGCCGCCAUGAAGCCGAAGGGUGGUGGGAAUGCGCGGGGGUUCGCGGGGGAUGAUGGGACGGGCGGGAAACAGAACCAGGGAUACUUCGACGAUAGGGGCAGCAUGUACUGA